CUUCCGGUGUGACUGGAAGGGGAGCUGAGGGGAGCCGGAAGAGACCGUCGAGGCUUUUGAGGGGAAAAGAAGCGAGUGGCGGUGAGGCGGCAGGUAACUGUGGGCGGGCUCGGCGGGAGUCCCCGGGAAGGCUGUGGGUGAGGGUAGCCUUCCUCAACCAGGAUGUCUUCUGGUGCUUUAUUCCCGAGCUUGGUGCCAGGCUCCCGGGGCUCAUCGAGCAAAUACCUAGUAGAGUUCCGUGCAGGAAAGAUGUCUUUGAAGGGCAGCACUGUUACUCCAGAUAAGAGGAAAGGCCUUGUCUACAUACAGCAAACGGAUGAUUCCCUCAUUCACUUCUGUUGGAAAGACAGGACAUCUGGGAACGUGGAAGAUGACUUAAUUAUAUUUCCUGAUGACUGUGAAUUUAAAAGGGUGCCCCAGUGUACUACUGGCCGUGUGUAUGUGUUGAAGUUCAAGGCUGGAUCCAAGAGACUUUUCUUCUGGAUGCAGGAACCUAAGACAGAGAAAGACGAAGAGCACUGUCGUAAAGUGAAUGAGUACCUCAAUAACCCCCCAAUGCCUGGAGCUCUGGGGGGUAGUGGAAGUGGGGGCCAUGAACUUUCCGCCCUUGGAGGUGAGGGUGGCUUGCAAAGUCUUCUGGGAAACAUGAGUCAUAACCAGCUCAUGCAGCUGAUUGGACCAACAGGCUUAGGAGGACUUGGUGGACUUGGUGCUCUGACAGGUCCUGGUCUGGCUAGCCUGUUGGGCAGUGGGGGGCCUCCAACUAGCAGCUCUUCUUCAAGUUCUCGCAGCCAGUCAGCAGCUGUGACACCAUCCUCCAGUACUUCCUCCACACGGGUAACGCCUGCUCCUGCUGCUCCUGCAGCUGCCACUGCCACCAGUCCUAGUCCUGCCCCAAGCUCAGGAAAUGGGACCAGCACAGCAACAAGCCCUACACAACCCAUCCAACUGAGUGAUCUUCAGACCAUCUUAGCUACUAUGAAUGUACCAGCUGGAACAGGAGGACAGCAAGUUGACCUGUCCAGUGUGCUUACUCCAGAAAUAAUGGCACCUAUUCUGGCAAACACAGAAGUUCAAGAGCGCUUGCUGCCUUACCUCCCUUCAGGGGAAUCUCUGCCACAAACAGCGGAGGAGAUUCAGAACACGCUCACCUCUCCACAGUUUCAUCAGGCGCUGAGCAUGUUCAGUGCUGCCUUGGCUUCUGGGCAACUGGGACCCCUGAUGAGCCAAUUUGGCUUACCAGCUGAGGCCAUAGACGCAGCCAAUAAAGGUGAUGUGGAGGCAUUUGCAAAAGCCAUGCAGAAUAAUGUCAAAUCCGACCAAAAGGAAGGAGAUGCAAAGGAGAAGAAGGAUGAAGAGGAAGACAUGAGUUUAGAUUAGGUUUCUUAGUUGUGUCUGAACGAUACUCCUAGAUAUUAACUAAGUAGAAUCACUAGCUGACUCCAUGUAUCAAAUCUACAAGUAAAGGAUCUCGCUCCCACAUUCUUUCUGGAGAUAACUUUCCCCCCACUUCUUGCUAUAGCACAGGCAGCUGUUCAGCCUUAAAAUGCACUUGUCCCCAGGAAAGAUUUGAUUGGACUAAAUGAAAUCUUGCAUCAAGUAAAACUGUAGCUCUUAAGUUUGAAGGGUUAGCCCACAUCUGUUAGUUUAUAUAUAUUUUAUAUUUAGCUAAUUGUACCCAGGUUGUGUCUAUAUCUGGUGAAAUAUUUGACUUCAUUAAAUACUUGAGGGGUUCCUGA